AUGCACAGACGGUCUGACAUAAAUGCUGCCCUGGAAGUUAAAGACAACGAGAGUAAAUACAUGGAAGUGAAGGAAGAGGCAUCUUUCCCUCAUCCACCAAAAGAGAAGAUUUGCAAAGUGACUAAAUCAAGAACUAUAAGGGCAUCUAAGGAGAAUCUAAGGGAUGGGAAUGAGGCACAGUUGCAAAAAUCCCCCCUGAAAUGCCCCCAAGGCCUCGAGGAGGAAUCCUACCGUGACAAGGAGGGUGUUGAGAGCUGCCAGUUCACAGAAUGCCCUCUUGACAGGCUAAAAGGGGAUGUGGCUGGUGAAUGCCUUUUGCCUCUGAACAGCAAGGAAAACGUUCCCAUACCUGUUUCUUUGUGGGAUGAAUGCUACUGCACACCUGACAGGGACAAAGCAGAAGAAAAAUCUGACUGUGGAAUACCAGAGAAACAGAGGAAAACCCCGGCUGAUUUUGCAACUGUAACAAUUACUGAAUUUGGGAUGAGCCAGGAGAGCUUUACCAAACAUUCACUAGGGCAGUCUCCAGCCUCCCUCAAACUGAGACGAAGAUCCGCCAUCGGCGUGCGGGGCUCUCCCGAAAACAACGCCCUCAUCAAGUUCCUUGCCCAACAGAGAAGCAGCAGGCAAAAAGCAGCUUUCACACAGGCUAGUCCUUUUAAAUAUGACCACCUCAGGUCGCUGAAGAACAAGAUAGAUGCCUUUCAAACAUCUUUUAAGGCAGUACAAGAAGCUGAAGGGGAGACUGGCUUCCCUGGACCAUCCCAAGGGGAUCAUGCUUCCCAGGAAGCAGGCUCGUCUCAGAACAAAGUAUCUCUUACAAAGGAGUGGAACGUGGAUCAGGGGAGUGAAAAGUUCAUGGUAGACAACAGUGGAGCUGAUUGGAAAGAAAAUUUGAGACCAAGUUUGAGCAGCUGCAGGGAGUCUGGUACCAAGAUAUGCCCCAUCGUGUCUGCAUGCCAAGAUGUGACUGUCACUGAGCCUGCUGCUGCUGCUGCUGGUGCAAAGGAAUGGGUUAAUGAACAACACAAUCCCAUUGAGUCGUCAGAGGCUGUUUUAAUUAGAGAUAUCUUAGAAACAGAGCAUGGUUUCACUUCUGACCCCAUCACUAAAGACUUUAGAAGGGAUGUUUUAUCAGCUCUAAGCAGGAAGAAAGCUGGUUUUGUGGAAGAACUGAGUCUGGAAAUGUUUUAUGGGAGCAAGCCACCUACCACACCACCUGCCACACCACUGAGGACAGGAAGUGCUUCAAUAAAUGAACAGGCACAGAGUGGCUCCAGGCUGCGGUCUGUGCUGAAGAAAACACCAGUGAAGGCACCAGUGGAUGGCACAGAGGGAUGCUGGAACGAUGCGGUUGGCAGAGGAGGGGUUGAAUCUUUCUCAGUCUCCAGUUGUGCAGAGAUCUCUGAAGCACUGCAAACAGUAGAGAAAACCAAAUGCCCUAGCUCUGAGAGGCCAAAGAAGAAGAGAGUCACUUUUGGGGAAGUUCUGAGCCCAGAAAUAUUCGACGAGGCUCUGCCUGCGAACACUCCCCUGCGCAGAGGGGCAGCUCCAGCCCCCCAACCCCCUGCCCAGAGCAACAGCCCUGCUGCAGGGCCAGGCCCUGGGGGGGAGCCACUGCCCCAGCCAGAUUUCGACUGCACUGAGGAAUGUGAUGAGUCUCUUCAAGAGUUAGUGGAGGGUCCUGUUGCAGCAGAAGCCCUUUUACCUGUUGAAAAUGCAGAAGCAGAAACUGACAAAUCUGAUAUGAUAAAAACUCGUUCUUCUACUAAAAGGAAGCCCAGCGCCGUUUCGGAGGGGGCUGACUCUAGCACCUCAAGAGCCACAAGUACUAAGAAUGCUAAAGAUACUAAAAACCCAAGAAAGAACAAGUUACAAAGACAAAAGAGUGUAACUGCAUCUGCUGCCAAAAAGACACAAAGAGUAAAACAUACAAAUUAUGGGAAAAGAAGAAGGAAAAAAGUAAAUAAAUCUUUAUAUGGAGAAAGAGAGAUGGCUUCUAAGAAACCUCUUCUCAGCCCUAUCGCUGAAAUUCCAGAGGAUUUCUUUUCUGUCUCAUCUCCAAACUCACCAAAGGCAAAUGCACUUUUUUCAGAGGAUGUAUUUUUAGCUAGUACCCAAUUUGGGGAUGAUUGCAAGGAUGUUCAACAGAAGGCAGUGGUUGAAAGCAUGAGAGAGACAAACAUCCAAGAAGUUGAUGUGCAUGGAAGCUCUAAGGACCUGGGUGCUGCAGGAGCCAGCAGCUCCCAUGAUACAGUGAUUCAGGUGUCAGAUGGUGCUGAUGUGGAGCCUGCCUCUGGCCUUGAUCAGAAGUUUUCAAACAUUGUGCCAGAUGUGAAGUGUGGUUUUGAUACAGCUGAGUAUUUCCAAGAAGGUAAAGAGCCUGCAUGUGUAAAAGAGGCAGAAGAAAGUGGUUCCCUGAUAGAAAGUGAGAAAUUGGAAGGAAAUCUCCUAAAUAAGGUGGAGCAGCUAACUGGGCUAGAAUUUGUGGAACAACAGGACUCUAGUCUGCAUGAGGGUGUCCAAAGUACUUGGUGUCCACAGAAAGAUUCUGUGGGAGGUAGUUCAUCAAGAAGAAGAGGAAGAAGAAGCAGUGCUAUUUUUUUUCCUCCUGUUGAAAAAUUGGAAACAACUGUAAACAGUCCUCUGGUUUCUUUUAAUAUAGAUGAGGUUUUAUCUGUUCCUCAGCUAAAAACUGACUCCUUGAGGCCUUUUAAAAGAAAGAGUGAUAACAGUGGUGAAAAAAGAGUGAGGCGCAGCAUGAGGUUACACAGAGAUUCAGGAAUGGAAGGACUUGCAUGGGUUCAAGUGCCCAAUGAGACUGAAAAGACCCCUCCCCAGCCAGCUUCUGCUCGCAAGACCCGAAGAACAAUCGGCACAUCCAUCCUGCUGGAAUCUGAGAUCAUCCACCACAAAGAACAAGAUCUCAUCCUGUCGUCAGCACCGGGGAAGGAGAACAAUGACUCUGUUCAUCUUGCUGGUAAUCCUUGCAGGAGAGGGAGGAGGAAAAGCCUGUGUGUACCCACACCUCAGGAAACCAGAACCUCAUCUCAGAUCUCCCGGAGAAGGAGCACAACAAAUUCUGUAUAUAGAAGGCACAGAAGUCACCAAAACCACUAUGAAGAUGUAGAAAGACCUCUUGAAAAUCACUCUAACAUUUAG